GCUCAUCUCGGAUUGGGCCACGGCGUUGUUUACAUCCUUUGAUCGGGCUCAGCGACGGGACCGAAAGGGGUGGGCGGAGAGGUUCCAGUGCAGUGAUGCCCAGAUGGCAAACAUCAGUCGUUCCUUUCUUUAAAUUUCAAGGGGCUAGAAGCCUCGAUUUGGCUGUGUGGAAUUAAUAUCCUUUAGGCUGGAGCUGGGCGGCACAUGACAAAAACAGGCUCGAGAGCAACAAUACUAAGGGGUUCAGGGAUAACAAUACUAAGCAUGCGGCACAUGACAAGAACAGGUUCGGGAGCAACAAUACUAAGGGGUUCAGGGGUAACAAUACUAAGCCAACGCCAUCGCGUUCUUAUCUCAACGCUUCACCUGCCCCAUCAAUGCCCUCACAGGUCCUUUGGCGUGUUUGUUUGUCAAACCUCCAAGGCGACGGCCGUCAAAGAAUACGACGGCGUCGAGAACGCUUCCGAUUAUCCUCGGCCUGGUGAAACUGGCGAGGGCAGCAGUGAGUCCUCGUCGAAGCACCAUCCAAGGAUGCCCUCAAUACCCUCGAGGAAAAGUAUAAGAAACCUCAUCUCCUUCGAGCCAGAGUCGGUCUCUUCCCUCUCCACACCAGCACUCCAACGCAGCCUCACAGAACAACUUCAGCUUUUCCAAAGCAAAACCCAGAAUUCAUCAACAUGCCUUCCACUCAAACUCAGGUUCCCCAGACCAACUUCAACUCCUACUGCGUUGUCAUGUAAAUGACAACCGGGAAAUCCCGGUGCAAGCGGCCGCACGAGCGACUCUCCUGCAUCCCAUCAUCACAAGCGGGUCCUCUCUGACCUCUUUGACAAUCG